AUGUCAGAGCCUAACACUACACAGAAUACGAUUCUCAUUCCGCCAGAUCUUUAUUAUAAAGAGUACUGGCUAAAUACCAGCUUUCAGGAUUGGUCUAUUGAGUCGUUCGAUAUGUUUUGGAUCCAACAAAAUCCAACUUUCCAUCAAAGGCAAGAUCGAGCCCAUACUUCGUUAGAAGGAAUGUCAGGCAAGACUGUUUGUCAGCAUUUAACUACGCCCCUCGGUGUUUCCGAGGAAGGUUGGGUGCUUCCUAACCUGAUGGGGAAGAGAAGCGCGAUGGCUUCACUCAUCGUGAUUCUUUCGCGUGUUUAUGUUGACCGGGUGUACUACGCCCCUCGGUGCUUCCGAGGAAG